CGAGUUUGUUGUUAGAUAUACAAAUAGUUGUCGUGUAUGUUGUUGCAGCGUUUAAAUACGUUUACGACUUGAUCUUUUGAUAAUUUAAAAGAUAACAUGGAUGAUGACUGCAAUGUGGUCAAAGAGACGUUCCAGGAACCGCGAAAAAGGUUCUGGCUGAGAUCGAGAAAACGGCCCAAGAGCGAUGUGAUGAGCAUCAGCUCGAUGGACAUAUCCUUGGAUUCCACAUUGAGAAAAAAGAAACGUUGCAGAUUCACAGAAGUUGCUAGCAGCAUAUUCUCUUCCACUAGCACGAGUAAAAUAGGAAAUACUCUGCACAGAUCUUUCAGUAUUCAACCAAAUAUGUCAGAUUUGUCCAUCAUGGAGAACGAGCCAAAUACCACAACAUUAAGCAAAAAACUAAAGAAUGUUACUGAGAGCUGUACCAACUUAACAAUCAAGAGCUGGAUGUUGGACAUUGCUCAACCGCUUGGCAAAGAACCCUUGAACGGUGUAUUAAAUAAAAACGAAGUAAGAAGACAGGAAGCAAUUUAUGAGCUGUACUGCGGCGAAAAUGUGCUACUAAAUGAACUCUACAUACUGCGGGACUUCUAUUACGAGCCCAUGUUGUCUACUGAAAUCUUCACGUCUGAAGAAUUAUUUACUCUCUUUGGUGAUCUCACAAAUCUCAUUCAGAUACACAGUAAUCUGAGAGAUGAGUUGCUUAAACUACGUGACAGAUCUGGAUUCACAAAAAGCGUGGGUCCAACAUUGUUAAAUUGGCUAGCGACGUUAAGGAAACCAUAUCUGGAAAGAUGCAGAACGUUGGUUUGGGCGAGGCAUUUACUAGACGAGAAGAAAUUCACCAAUAAAAGAUUUCAAUCAUUUCUGAAGAAACGCUUGGAAUCUCCGCAUUCAAUCGACUUGUGGACUUAUUUGGAUGUGCCGCGCUCCAGAAUAGUCAAGUAUCCAAUCUUGGUAAAGGAAAUCAUAAAGUACACGCCUGCUUCCGAUGUCGAUUAUUUGCCGCUGAAAGAAGCGAGCAAAAUACUGUCCGAUUUGCUGAAGGACAUCGAUUGCAUCAUGGGCGAAGCCGAGUGCAAGCUCGCUCAGUCGAAAAUAAAUGUUAAAACGGAUUACGAUCCUGAAAAAUAUGUGGCCAACGCCACGGAGUUGAUCACGGAAGGUCAGCUAAAAGAUACGCGCGGAGUGAAAUAUCAUUGCUUUCUUUUCAACACUUGUUUCGCGAUAACUCGUCCUACGCGACGUGUUAGUAAAAAAUACAAUCUCUCCUUUCCUGUCGUUCCUCGGGAACGCGUACACGUGGCGGAUGACAAGAACACCGCGGAAGUCGGUUUCAAGGUCGGAGAAUUUUCCUUCGUCACGGAAGAUGGACAUAAAAAAAGACAUUGGAUCGAUUCGUUCAACAAAUUGCGUUCUGAAACGCCGAUUUCGGAGAAAAUGUUCAACGUUGACGACAAGGAGAACGACUUGUCGACUAGCAUGCAAGAGUUAACGGAUAGUUGUAUCAGCAGAAAUUCAAUGCCCAGAAGAAUUUCCACGAGCAGCAUAAACGACAAUCGAAUGUCUAUGUCCUUGAGAAAGAAUCUGUUCAAACAGAAGCGCAAUAGUAUCGGUUACAUGUAGUAGAAAGCUAUGCUUUCUCGCACGCGCGUUUGAUGUAAGGAAAUUUAAAAAAAAAAAAAAAAAAAAAAACUUUUCUACAUAAGUGGCUCAUAUCUAAGUACAAAAAAUAUCAGUACGAAAUUUACUCCCCUAUGUAACUAAUUUGUUUUUUUUUGCUAUAUUUAUUUGGAAGUUCUUAUAGCGAUGUUACAUACUUGAAAAAAAAUCUUCAAAUAUGUUGGGAUCUUCGAUUAAGCUUGCUUCUUCGAUUAAAAGUUAAUCGGAGAUUUAUAUGAAAUCUCGUAAUGUUACAUUCUACUUCGAUAGUAUGAUGUUUUGUUAAGAUUUUUGGAUGAAAAAAAAAUAUGAACCAGAUAACAAUGUAUUAUGUAAAAUACAUUAGUAAUUAAUGUGUCUACAUGGUGAAAGGUUUAGAAGUUUAAUUUCUAUAUAUAUAUAUAUAUUACUGUAUAUCUCAAUGAGUAGUUUUAUUAAAAAAAAAAAAUUUAUACAUGUAGGUGUAUGUAUAUCUCGUUUUUUUAAAGUGAAAAUAUUGUUAAGGAAAAGGUGUCAAAUAAAUCGUGUUGUAUCACAUGAGAUUUUUUCUUCUUUGCGAUAAAAUUUGUAUUA